GCCUUUUAUUUGUUUUCUCUUUAUUAUAGAGACAAAUCAGGAACAAUUUCACCGGAAAAUUUCGCCGGAAAAUGAAAACAAGACGAGGGAAUUCUUAUCCAAGAACAGAUGUUCUUGAAUUUAAUCAAAGAUUAGUUAAAAGAAGAAAAAUGGGAGAUUUCAUCACAACUGUCAAACCGGCUGUAUCCGCCGGCGAACAAAUUUCUAGCCGGAAAAGACAGAGAUUAUCACCGGAGAAGGAUAAAACUGACUUUUUUGAUACUUUACCUGAUGAUCUUGUUACGUGUAUUCUCUGCAAGCUUAGCUCCUCUGCUUCUUCUCCUUCUGAUUUCAUCAAUGUUUUAUUAACGUGCAAGAGAUUAAAUGGAUUAGGUCUUAAUUCUAUUGUACUAUCAAAAGCCUCGCCGAAAACUUUCGCUUUGAAAGCUAAAAACUGGUCGGAUUCAGCUCACCGGUUUUUGAAACUCUGUUCCGAUGCCGGAAAUGUUGAAGCUUGCUACACUCUUGGCAUGAUUCGAUUCUAUUGUUUACAAAACAGAGGGAGUGGAGCUUCUUUAAUGGCGAAGGCGGCGAUUAGCUCACACGCGCCGGCGCUCUAUUCUUUAGCGGUUAUACAGUUUAACGGUAGCGGUGGUUCAAAAAACGACAAGGAUUUACGAGCCGGCGUAGCUUUAUGCGCAAGAGCUGCCUUUCUUGGUCAUAUUGACGCGCUACGUGAGCUAGGGCACUGUCUUCAAGAUGGUUAUGGUGUUCGUCAAAACAUCGCCGAGGGUCGGCGAUUUCUCGUACAAGCAAACGCUCGGGAGUUAGCUGCUGUUUUAUCUAAUCCGAAUUCAGGUUUAAAUUCCCGCGCGUGGUUGAACUGGAACCAACACGCGCAUCCUAAUCUCAGCGUCGCGAGUGGUACCGGCGGCCCUGGUUGUCCUCUUUUAAGUGAUUUCGGUUGUAAUGUUCCGGCGCCGGAAGCUCACCCAGCUAGUCGUUUCAUGUCGGAUUGGUAUGAGUUAAAAAACGGGUCGCCGGACUCUGGGCUCCGUCUGUGUUCUCACGAGGGUUGUGGAAGGCCCGAGACUAGGAAACAUGAGUUUAGAAGAUGCUCUGUUUGUGGAGCUGUGAACUACUGCUCACGCGCUUGCCAGGCGCUUGAUUGGAAGUUAAGGCAUAAAGAGGAGUGUGCGCCUGUGGAACGGUGGGUGGAAGAGGACGGCGGCGACGGAGAACCAGUUGGUGUUGACGGAAAUGAAAACGUCGUCGUAGACAGUUAAUGAACAUUAACGGUGACGGCGAGAGGAUGGUUCCAUUUUUUUAACGGAUAUAUCAUUUUGCAGUUAAAAUUAAAUAUUUUGGUUCUACAAAAGUUAAACGGUGAAAAGGUAAAAGAAACAACUUUUUACUACGGUCUGUUUGGAUGGCACAGAAGUUUUGUAUAUCGACCAAAUCGAGGUCACCUUUUUUUGGGCAACUUUUUUCCUUUUUAAAAUUUAAAUUGUAGGGAGGAGCCUUUUAAUUCUUAGGGCAUGUAUCCUAUAACCGGCUGCAUUAGGGACACUAGCGGCAGACUGAGUAGGGUACUUUUUUUUUUCCUAUUAAAUUUAGUAUAUUUUUCAUCCUUUUUGGUUCAAUCCUGCUCACCUUCUUGUACUAUAGAGUCAACUUAAUCUCAUUAAAGAAAGAAAAGAAAAAUGCAAAUUUCGGCAAA